CGCGGGCCUGCCUGGGCGGGGGCCGGGAGGGAAACGGUAGAGGAGCCACAAGCAAGACCCUGGGUCCCGGGAGGGCAAGGGUGCCCGGGCCGGCUUCUGGCCCGAUGAAGAGCCAGGCGGCUGGGCCGGUGCUCCUCAGCGCGGGCCUCAGGUCAGCCGGUUCGGCUGCCAGCGCUUCCGGAAAAACAACGCUGGGCGCCGCCCAGCAUGUUGGGCACUCGGCGCGGAGUGCAGCCGCCGGCCCUUGGAGACGUCAGGCGGUCCGGGGCGGCGCGGUCACCGGCGGGAUGUGGUAGCACGUGACACCGGCCCCGGCGCGCUCCUGACGGACGCCGGUCCCCUGCACUGUAUGCGCAGGUGAGGGCGGACACCGCCGGAGUCUUUGUUUGGGUGCCUUUAGGAUGAAUGACACGAACUUGAGCCCAGUGGGGAUGGAGCAGCUGUUUUCAUCCUCUGUGAGCAAUGCCCUGCCAGUCUCAGGAAGUCACCUGGGUUUGGCUGCCUCUCCCUCUCACAGUGCCAUCCCUGCCCCAGGUCUCCCAGUCGCAAUUCCAAACCUGGGUCCCUCUCUGAGCUCUCUGCCUUCUGCCUUGUCUCUGAUGCUUCCCAUGGGCAUUGGAGAUCGAGGAGUGAUGUGUGGGUUACCUGAAAGAAACUAUACCCUACCUCCACCACCUUACCCUCACCUAGAGAGCAGUUACUUCAGAACAAUUCUACCUGGCAUUUUAUCUUAUUUAGCUGACAGACCACCUCCUCAGUACAUCCACCCCAACUCUAUAAAUGUUGAUGGAAAUACAGCAUUAUCUAUCACCAACAACCCUUCGGCACUAGAUCCCUAUCAGGCCAAUGGAAAUGUUGGAUUAGAACUAGGCGUUGUUUCAAUUGACUCUCGUUCUGUGAACACGCAUGGUGCCCAAAGUCUUCAUCCUAAUGAUGGCCACGAAGUGGCAUUGGACACAACAAUCACUAUGGAGAAUGUUUCUAGGGUUACCAGCCCAAUCUCUACAGAUGGAAUGGCAGAGGAGCUUACCAUGGACGGUGUUACAGGAGAACAUUCCCAAAUCCCAAAUGGCUCUAGAACUCAUGAGCCUCUCUCUGUGGAUUCCGUGAGCAACAACCUUACCGCAGACACUGUAGGACAUGGUGGUGUGAUACCCAUUCAUGGGAAUGGUCUGGAGCUUCCUGUGGUUAUGGAGACAGACCACAUUGCAAAUCGGGUCAAUGGGAUGUCUGACAGUGCCCUCAGUGACUCCAUCCACACCGUGGCCAUGAGCACCAACUCUGUAAGCGUGGCACUCUCUACCUCACACAACCUUGCCUCCCUAGAAUCAGUUUCCCUCCAUGAAGUUGGCCUUAGUCUAGAGCCUGUGGCUGUCUCUUCCAUCACACAGGAGGUUGCUAUGGGGACAGGUCAUGUAGAUGUACCCUCAGAUAGCUUGUCUUUUGUACCACCUUCACUGCAAAUGGAAGACUCCAGUUCAAACAAGGAAAACAUGGCAGCCAUGUUUACAAUUUGGUGCACUCUUUGUGACCGAGCCUAUCCCUCAGACUGCCCUGAUCAUGGACCAGUGACUUUUGUUCCUGACACACCAAUAGAGAGCAGAGCAAGACUAUCCCUUCCGAAGCAGCUUGUUCUCCGCCAGUCCAUUGUGGGAACAGAAGUUGUUGGUGUCCUUCCAUUGAUAGGUGUGUGGACUGCAGAAACCAUUCCUGUGCGGACUUGCUUCGGGCCUCUAAUUGGUCAGCAGAGCCACUCCAUGGAAGUAGCAGAGUGGACAGACAAGGCAGUUAACCAUGUUUGGAAGAUAUACCACAAUGGUGUCCUAGAGUUCUACAUCAUUACAGCUGAUGAAAAUGAGUGUAAUUGGAUGAUGUUUGUGCGCAAAGCCAGGAUUUCAUUAUGUACUUCAUGCUGGCCUGGAACUUGGAGCAACCCUCCUAUAACCAGUCCUGUCUCUGCUUCUCAAGUGCUGGAAUUACAGAUGAACCGUGAAGAACAGAAUUUGGUGGCCUAUCCCCAUGAUGGAAAAAUCUAUUUCUGUACCUCACAAGACAUCCCUCCUGAAAAUGAACUGCUUUUCUAUUAUAGUCGGGAUUAUGCUCAACAAAUUGGUGUUCCUGAACACCCAGAUGUUCACCUCUGUAACUGUGGCAAGGAGUGCAAUUCCUAUUUAGAGUUCAAAGCUCAUCUGACCAGCCAUAUCCAUAACCAUCUCCCUAGCCAGGGCCACAGCAGCAGCCAUGGGCCAAGCCACAGCAAAGAAAGGAAGUGGAAGUGUUCAAUGUGCCCCCAGGCUUUUAUCUCUCCUUCCAAACUCCACGUUCAUUUUAUGGGUCAUAUGGGUAUGAAGCCCCACAAGUGUGAUUUUUGUAGCAAAGCUUUUAGUGAUCCAAGCAACCUACGGACACACCUCAAAAUACAUACAGGUCAGAAGAAUUACAGGUGUACUUUGUGUGACAAGUCUUUCACCCAGAAGGCUCACCUGGAGUCACACAUGGUCAUCCACACAGGUGAGAAGAAUCUCAAGUGUGACUACUGUGACAAGCUGUUCAUGCGGAGGCAGGACCUCAAGCAGCAUGUGCUCAUCCACACACAAGAACGCCAGAUCAAGUGUCCAAAGUGUGAUAAGCUGUUCUUGAGAACAAACCACUUGAAGAAGCAUCUCAAUUCUCACGAAGGAAAACGAGAUUAUGUCUGUGAAAAAUGUACAAAGGCUUACCUAACCAAGUACCAUCUCACUCGCCACCUGAAGACCUGCAAAGGGCCCACCUCCAGUUCCUCAGCACAGGAGGAGGAAGAGGAUGAUGACUCAGAAGAAGAAGAUGUCACAGACUCCAUGAGGACAGACGACUGUAGGAUGAGCAGUGCUAUUUACUCAACAGAUGAGUCUCUCUCCACACAUAAAUAAAAGAAAAAGCACCUGCUUUGGAUGGAACAUGCAUUGGGAAAACACAAAACCAACCUAUUGCAGUGGUUUUUUUUUUAUAUUUAUUUAUGAUUUUGAAUCAUCUUAAUUGAGUUGAUGUCAAUUUUUUUCCUCUCUCUGAGGGCGCACUUCAAAGCUGGCUCCUUGAAGCAUUAAUGUCUUCAUCUGUUGCUCCAAAGGCUUCUUUGAUGCCAUCUCGGUAGACACUGAUUCCACUUCCUCUUUUUGGAGGGUCAGCCUUGAUAGACCUUCCUUGGUUGAUCUGUAGUCCUGGAAUGUGCCACCUAGUUUCCUCUUGUGCGAGUUUCGCAACUUUGCACAAAGUUCAGAAAGUUUCCUGGACCGAGGCGCUCAUGACCCUCAAACUUUAAUGCCUUUAUACGGAAACAUGUCUUUCCUUCAGGUCGGCCUCAGUGUGUAUAAAUGCCUAGAUCUCUGCACAAACUCCUGGCAGAAGUGAGCCAUAGAAGAAUUUUUCAUCUAUGAAACACCAUAUUGUUAAGUUGGAUAUCAUACUGGCAAUAUGCAGACACCAGACACAAUUUUCCAAUUGUUGCCUUUGUGGCAUUGUUUGCUUCUGCCUCCAUCUCAAAACUCACAAGAAAUCUAGUAUCUAAAUUGUGUGUAGCAAGCCUAAUUGCAGCUGCCUUAAGGUCAGUGGCAGUAUCAAGUUCAAAAGUCGGUGGGAUUGACCCUUGGAAAAGAGUAAACACUUGGUGGUGAACCACUUUGUGAUCUGCUGAAUAGCUGCUUGUUGAGGUUUCCAAAUGGAAUAGUAGAGAAGCCCAAGUACUCUUGAAUAUGGUGUUCAUCAGGGCUGGUGUUUCUCUGACCUCUUGGUUGGCUCAAGGCAUACAUUUCCCCAAACAGUCUUUCUUGUUGUGUAUAGUUCUAGAAAAACUACAAGUAGGCAACAAAUGAGUAAUAACAGUUCCUCCAAGAAUUUUGGAGUUGGUCAUCUCAGGAGCACACAGGUUGCUUAAGGCUGCACUGAGCACAACAUCUAGAGGAGGAAGCACUACAGCAUCAUACACCAGUGAGUUAGCAUCCAUACUUCUUCACUUCCCAGGGAACACUAAGUGCCCGUAAAUGUGUUGUCUUGCAGUGGUUUUGAUAUGAAAUGCUCUCUGAUCCUUCUAACCCACUGUUCCAAGUGUACUGAGUGGGAAUAGCUACAGCACUUACAGAAGAGUAUCCAAAUGGAUUCUUUAGGAUGGAAUAGGAGAUAAGGCAUGUGUCUGUUCUAUUUUUAAGUAAUGUGUGGCAAGGAAAGGGCCAGCUUGUGGUAUCUGUUCUUUAUUUACAUGUUUUUUUAUUUGGGAGAUGCACUUAUGCCUGAGUCAGAGUGGCUUUUUGUCCCAACAAAUCAGAGUUACUUCACAUUGUUCCAUUCCUCCCCACCCCCAGCCAUCCUCACUGUUGACCACAUGUUAAGCACUAUUGUAUGCAUUUCACAGAGACUUUUAACAGCAGUGCAAGUGUUAGGAUGACUAAUUCCUAAAAAGCAACACCUGCCUAACUUAUGGCCACUUCAAGUUUAGAGCCUGCUUCCCAGUGUCAGCAGGAAUUCAAAGGUAAAGAAGUAGUUAUGGUUCAGAAGACAGUGACUGAGGUCCAGAAAACCCCUUUGAUGGAAACCACCUGGCUCUGUGCGCAAGCACGUACUUUGUGCUCUAGCUGUGUCUCUGUCUUCAGGAAAGCCUUCAGUCAUUCAGAGGAUCUGGAAUUAACAGUGUUCACAUAAUGCCUACCAGAAAGUGCACAUGGACUCAACUGACAAGACUGGCACUUCAGCCUACAGAAGGAAGAAGGGGAAUGGUUUGUUUAUGUAGGUUUACUUUAUGAAAACCAUUAAAAUGUUGCUAGCUGAAAGCAGCAAGUAGUUCCAAAUGCAUUGGUGGGUUUCACAGGCCUUCCCAGUUAUCCUCCUUGCUGAAGGUCCUUACCAGCUAAGUAUAGAGGAUAUCAAAGGAUUUGGCAGAAGAGAAGGCUUACUAGUCCUCAUAUGGGGUCUGUUUUCAGGUCCCUGUGAGCAGGUAUAACCAGCUUUUGGCAAGAAGCAGACAGAUCCUGAAGUUGACAGGAUUGAUGGAACAUGCCUUCCUGCUCAAGGGCACAACCUUGGCUUGAGUGGAGGACUCUGCUGGGAAGGUUUUGCUGCUAAUGUGUUUAUGGAAUGAAUGUAUUUCAUUCAAAUCUGUAUUCCUUUAGGAAGAAUUAAAAUCAUUUUUUAAUGAAAA